CAACGGAUUGGAUGUUCGGCCGUACGUGCGAAACGAAUAUCACGACUGUUUUAAUUCGAAAUAAUACAACCAAAAAUAUCAAAAAAAAUAUUUGGCGGUUAAUGUGUGUGACAGUGUUUUGAACAAUGGAGUGUUAUUGAUGUGUGUUUAGUGUUGUGUGCAUUUCGGAACACAAUUUUGCAAAUCCCGCCAAACAUGAGUGACGUGAUGCAGUAAAGUGUCAAGUGAUCCAGUGAUCCAGUGCGCCGCGGGCAGUGUCACAAUAGUGCGUCAGUGAGGGUGAUGGUGUGACAGUGACAGACAGACAUGGCGAGGCUUCUGACACUGGUGCUGGCUGUCGUCGGCUGGCAGAUCGCCGCAGCUGAGAGAGAUCAUGCAUCAGCGCUGGUCGGCAAUACGGCACGACUCCGAUGUCGCAUAGACGGGAAGUCGUGUGGAGAGAUGCACAGUAUAAAGUGGUAUAAGGCAGAUACGCGAGUUUACGUGUAUUCCGCCUCGAAGGAUGCCGCCAUCAACCGGCCUGAGGGCGAUAUGAUGAACAGAAUGUCAAUCGCCCACGAGCCAAACGCCACAUACGCAGAGCUGGUCAUCACCAACGUCCAGCCUGAUGAUGAGGGCGUCUACCGUUGUGAGAUCACCUACCUGCAAGUAGGAGAGGACUGCAACACCGUGCAAGUCACCGAUUUUCAUACAUACAUAAAACCAAAAUCAGUAGAAGUGGUGACCAGCGAUGGUACGGUCAUGUCCGAUGGUGGUACCUUUGGACCUCUGUCGGAGCGCGCGCGGGUCAACAUCACUUGCGUGGUGGUAGGAGGGAAGCCGCAGCCUAAAGUCACCUGGUACUUCAACGGGAAAGAGAAACUUGAUGCACAAACCAUCACCGAACAGAACCAAGUGAAGCACGUGCUGCCGUUGACGAUAACCCGGUCGGAGUUGGGAGGCGAGCUGAUGUGCAACGUGUCAUCAGCUGCCUUGGACCGGCCUGUCCUGAGGCAUGUCAAGCUCAAUGUUGAAGUGCCGCCCAACAAGAUUGCAAUAUUUGGAAUGGGGGAGCACGCAACGCAGGACACGCUUCUUACUCUGAUGUGCACGGUAUCAGGCGCCAGGCCGGCUGCGACCGUCGAGUGGUUCAACGGCACGCAGAAGCUGACGGCUCCAGAGCAAAAUAUACAGCAGAGAGAAACUGAAGAGAGAGAUACAACAUUCGAGACGGUGUCAAACUUGACCAUCAAGGCGACGCGGUAUGAAAAUGGCAGAAAAUUCAUCUGUAAAGCCAUCAACAAAGUGAUGUUACAGAUGAAUGAGCAUCCUAUACACGCUACUCGAGAGCUGGAAGUUUGGUACCCUCCAAUAGUCCACGUGGGGCCACCAAACAUCACGGUGAUUGAAGGCUCCAAAAUUCUACUCAAAAGCGAAUAUGAGAGCAACCCUUCCGCUUUGAACGAGGUUACUUGGUAUCGUGACAAAGUGCGAGUUAACGUUAACGACAGUAACUACCAAGGAGGUACACCAGACCAGCACUCUCUCAUCAUACUCAACGCAAGUGGCAAGGACAUGGGAAACUAUACUGUCGUGAUGGCGAAUACUGUGGGCAACGGCACUACGAAUGAGACUAUUAGUGUUAACGUUUUAUUCAAACCACAAGUCCGCCUAACAAUGAGCUCGCCGAGUCCAGUGCUGGAGAAUGAUCACAAGAACGUCACCCUCACCUGCGAAGUGGUCACCGGCAACCCGUCUAUACUUGAUGAAGUCAUCUGGUACCUAGAUGGAGAGAUAUUGAAGCAUCUCCCUGAAUGCAAUGGGACUGAUGAUAACCUUUGCAACGAGGUGGAUCCAUCGAUGCUGUUACUCCAGGAUACCACGAAGAGCUUCCACGGCAACUACUCCUGUAAGGGCAAGAACUACGCUGGCUGGGGGAAUGAGAGUGAGAAGACUGAACUGGUUGUUAACUAUCCACCCGGCCCUGCCAAACUGACCUACUCACCCUGGCGAGUCAUCAAAGGAAAAUCUCUAGUUCUUAGCUGCAGCAUUCAAGAGAAAGGCAGACCGGAAGCGCACAGGUUCCGAUGGUACCGCGGGAACAGGGUGGUGACGGAUAUCGUGUCCCAGAAUUGGACCAUCGACCCGGUGACUCUGGACCAUCGGACCAACUUCUCUUGCAGAGGGAUUAACACUGGCGGAGAGGGGGAGGCGGCUUUUGUUAAUAUCGACGUUUUAGCUCCUCCAAGCUUUAAGUAUGCUAUGAAUCACUACAGUGGAGCGUUAUACAAAUCACAGAAUAUAUCCCUCUCGUGCACAGUAGAAUGUGCCCCGCUAUGCAGCGUGGACUGGUUGAAGGAUGGACAGCUGAUAGACCCUGAGAAGACGGACAAGUAUUACAUUGUGGAGCGGAAAAUUGAGCCCCAAGUGAAUAGGAACGACUUUGAAGCUACCGAGUCUACUUUGCAUUGGAACAUGUCAGCAUGGCCGGGCGGUGUACUUUCUCGUGGCGACUCUGUGCGAUACACUUGCCGCUCCUCCAACAACGCUGCCGGCCCCGCUGUUAACAGCACCACUACUUUCGCUGUUGAAUAUGAGCCGAAAAACAUAUCUGUAAAUCCAAAGUCUGUAUCCGUCAACCAGAACGAAAUUCCAGCUAAAAUCGUUUGCCAUGCUGAAGGUUUUCCAAAACCAAGCUACUCGUGGAAAAGGGAGAACGUAUCAAAGAGCCACGCGAGGGAACACAGCAACAACUCCUUCAUACUGUCUUCCUCAAACACGCUUCUGUUGGGACCAGUUAUGAGGAAAGAUGGAGGAAAUUACGUCUGCGAAGCGUAUAACAGACAUGGCUCGAUAAAUACUUCUGUGUAUUUGGAUGUGAGAUUUAUACCAGAGUGUGGAAUAAAGCAAGUGGAAAUAGAUGGGCAGCCGCAUCUUCUCUGCACUGCAACUGCUAAUCCCUCCGAAGUUUCUUUCACAUGGAAGCUGAAGAACGACAAUGACAGCCUCACGACCGAGGAGAUCUGGCAAGACGGCGCCCAGAGCUACCUCAAACUGAGCUCCAGCGUGGACGUCUACAGGACUUAUAUUUGCUACGCCAACAACACCGUCGGCAAAUCGCGGGAGUGCGAGAGAGAUGUCAUAGCAAACCUGGAAAGUUAUAGUAACAAAGUGUGGUGGCGCGACCGCCAGAAGCUGCUGCUGAUCGGAGGGAUUGCCCUCGCUGUGCUGGUGAUCACCGUGAUCCUGUGCAUCAUCAUCAUCUGCAUCUGCCGCCGGAUGCGGGCCAAAUCCAAAUACAAUAAUCCAGUCGAAUUGGAGGAGCGGGAAAAUCCGGAUGGUAGCUGUCUAAGCGAAGUGUCCAUUGCUCAAUCUAUAAUAUCGCAAGCUUUACCCGCUUUAUCGCCUCGCAUAAACUUGUCAUUCAGCCCAAAAUCCUCGGAUAGAACUAGACUCGUCGAUUCACAAAGCUACCCGCAUAGUUUAGAAAUGACAAUGAAAGAAAAAUCUGCAAGCAACCUACAAGUCAACAUAACACAAUUAGAGACAACCAUAAAUAGUAAUAACCCUAGUCAAAAUGAAAAUUUGACACAGACGCCGAUAUUGCAACCAAAAAAUGAUAACGAUAAAGUUCAAACUGUAGUGACACCUAAUAAAUGGCCUUUGAAGCCUGGCGUUUUAGUACAUAUUAAUUCUAAUCACACGCUCAGUCCAAAGAAUCAAGCAAGGUUACAAAAUAGAACCCAAAAUGAUAACCAAGAAGAAAGCAACUUAGGAUUGCUUGAAAGAAAUAAAACCGUUGAAGAACCUAAAAUAUCACCUAGAAUCGAAUAUUCCAAGAAGAGUGGAAAGCCUAGAAAACAUCAAAAAGGUGUUACGGGAAUUUUGAAAAAUUUCAGACGUAAAAGCGAUUCCUCUGAUGAUAGUAGUGGCAAAUAUAAGAAGAUAAAUAAGUCUAACGAAAGAGCUGUGUCUUUAGUAACUUUAAGUAAAAGUUAUGGGCCAAGAAAAAGACUAAGGUCAUUUUUUCAAAGCGAAACUCCAAACGUGAUUGUUACUGAAGGAGUUGUAUCAUUUAAAAGGCCCGAUAGAAUAAACACGGGGAAUAUAAAUGCUGAAUUGAUUAAGGAUAAGUCAAGAAAUACAAGAAAGAGAAAAAAACCAGGUGACAGCCCACCUACGAAUGGCGUAGAUAAUGCAGCAAACGGCAACCUCGGAGCGGACAACCCGGGACUCUACGAGAACCUUCCGUUCCACGGUUUACAGCAACCUCCUAAUAAGGCUUUCAGACCAGAUGAUCAGUUCAUUUACGCCGAUGCAGACCUCAAGGAUUACGGGCCGAUCAACUACAAGGCUGCCUCCAUCUACGCCAAGAUGAAGAAAGUCAAAAACCAACAGAAGCUACAGGAAAUAUACGAGAAAGAUCAUCCCGAGGAUGAUAUGCUCUGAUUUUGUUGUACUAGACAUUUUAUACAAGGUGUUAGAUAUUAUCCAUAACAAACAGAGGUUAGGGCCGAUGUAUAAAAAAUAAUGGCGUAAUAACCGUGGGAGACUUGAGAACUUGAAUAAUUUGCUUAAACUCCAAUGUGACAACCCUGCAAACAGCUGAUCGCGGAAAUGAACACGUAAAAAACUUCCUUGAACUCGAAGGACCGUUUGAUAGUUCAUCAAGUAGCGGAGACUCUAUGGCACUAACUAUUUUACACUACGUACCUACCUCAUUUGUCAUGGUUUUAUCAAACACGCUUUAUAAUUUGGCAAAACUUUUAUAAUAAAAAAUAUAAGGGACAGAAUUUUUCAUAAUAAUAAUAUCACCUAUAUAAUUAUGUUUGUGAUUUGAGUUCUAUUAUUUAUCAAUUGAAUAAUUUAACUAUAAUGAAUUGAUUCAUUAGUUGAUUUCAAUUUAAUUAAUAUCAUAAAUGAAUAAUGUCAUUAAAUAGCAUUGAUUAAUAUCAAUUAAUGUUAAUUAGAUGAUGUUAACUAAUAAAUUAAUUUUUUUAAAUAUUUUUAUGAAAUAUUUCUGACGGAGAACUUACAUUGACAAAAACUUUUUGUGAAUUUGCUGUGUUAGGUGCUAUCAAAACCCGUUGAUUGGUCCAGUCGACGAUUAAAUGUUGUUUGACAAACAAUUUUGAUAAUUUACACAACAUUACAAAAGAAGUGCAAACCGCGAAAUAAUAAAACAAGACUGUUCAAAAACAAAAUAGCAAGGAAACGUGUGAACCCCAAAAACAACAAAUUGUACAGUUAAAGUAGUGUUUGUAAAUAAAGUGUAGUUUUCUUAUGGACAGAUAAGUAA